GAAAAAAUUUUACUACUUACGUUCUACAAAAAAGUCGUAGAAAUUUGUCUAUACGGAAAGAUAAUGUCGGGGAUUAGAACUAAGCUGCGCGGCCAACAGAAAGUGAAGGAAUGUGUUGUGGGGGAAUCAGCUGACGAGGUGGAAGAAAUAGCUGCAACAAGUCGGGGAAAUGGGAGCAAACAGCUGGAGUCAAGGUCGUCGCCGGAAAAUCUAGAUUUUCUGGAGUUUGAGGACACCCUGGAAACUCUGCAGAAGUUCAGCGAUUCAGCUAGUCCGGUGCACGAGGCAAAACCAAUGCCACGGACAUCUAAAUUCAAUUCUGCUUAUAAUUCCAACAUCAAUCAAGAGGCCGUGGAAGAUCAUCGUAGGAUUUACCGCCAGCUGGGCAUUCGUAUCCCAGAAUCGCCGUCGGACCACCCGCUAAUGGGCUAUCCCUUUGUCCUCAAACUUUUCCUGGCCACUUCCAGUGACUCGGUGGACUUCCUCAAGUGGUCGACCAAUGGUCGCCAACUGGAGCUGGACUAUGGUGGCCUGCAGGAGCAUUUGGCCAGCGAUAGCUCCAUUUUCCACUGUCGGAACCCCUUGCAAUUCACGGGCCUGCUUUUGGCCCACGGCUUCGAGCGACGGGAGGGUGCUGCACCGGCCGAUCGGCAGGUGUCCAGCAUCCUGCUGAUCUAUCAGAACCCAAUCUUCACCAGGGGUCAGUCGCUCCAGAAGCUGCAAACGCUGGUCGAAGAGGCCCAGGAAAUUGGAGAUCAGGAUGCGGAGAGAAAGGAGUCUCGGCUGCCACCGCUUCACCUGGCGAAUGCUGCCCACAUCGACAGGAUGAGCCGACGAGGAGACCUCUGCUCCACUUCGUUCACCUGCCGCUCGCCUCUGCAGGUGGCUCGAUGUCAGUUCCAAACUCUGUUGGGUUAUCAGGCGGACUUGGGGGUCCUGAGGGAGCGCAAUAGCAACGAUCUCUUCAACAAACAGAUCCUGGCGCAGUUGAAUGUGAAACGGGGUCGCAGUGCCUUCAAUAAUGCCUUAUUGGACAUGACUCCCAGUAAAGGCGCCUCGUUGGACAAAUUCGUGAGGCCCCACGAAUCGGUGAUCAACUUGGGCAUCGGACAGGCGCCCGAUUAUGCUGGUUACUAUGGCAAGGUGGAACUAUCCAAGGUCAACGACUUCUUCGCCGAGUAUCUGCCGCGCUAUGGCAGUAAGAUCACCGGCUACAAGGACAUCGUAAUGGAUGCCACCAACAAGUCCACUGGCUUCCAACAGAAUCUGCCCAUUGGAAUGGAUUACUCGGACGAUGAAGACGAUGGCCUCGCACCAAUUUCUUCGGGACCGGAAAUGGAUUUUUUACCAUCCACCUCGGCAGCGGGAAAAUUGAAAUCAUCUGGUGGCAAGGCCGUGGAGGAUUCGGACUUGGAGCAGGCCAUGCAGGAAUUGUGUGGCGGCUCGAAUCUCAAUCAGGAGGAGGAUGAGGGUCCACAGACCAGCAGCAGCAGCAGUAAGUUGAAAGCAAAAGCCAAGCCACAAGCCAAUGCCAAGCCCCCGAAACGUGUGGCCAAAUUCCUAGAGUCCAGCUCAAGUGACAGCGAAGAUUCUCCGGCACUUAAAGAAACGAAAUCUAGAAAACCGAAGAAUUUAAAAUUGAAGACAGAGGAAGAUUCCAUCUCCUAUAUUGUGGAAAUCGAAGUGGACUCCGAGACGCAAGAAAACGCGGAACCGAAAGAUGGAAAGACAAACGAUCAGCAAUGCGAUGAGGAGGAUGAGGACGAGAACGAGGACGAUGAUGAGGACGACGAAGAGGACGACUUGGAUGAGGACGAUGACGAUUAUAUCGACAAAAAUACCCAGUACAAGAACGCUCAAGAGCCGCCAAAAAGACAACGAUAUAAUCUUCGCACCUCCAAACGAAACGCACUUUGAAGUUGAUGUCGCCAAUAAUCUAAACUAAGUGAUAAGUCCCCAAGGCAAUUAGGAUGGAAAAUAUUUAUUUAAAUCUAUUUUAAACUACAUCUAAUUGAAGAUUACAAGA